CUUCUUCACAAAUGCUGCUGAGCUCAGUUAACCCUGUUCGUCCAUUAGCUCACUUCACUCCUAGUUUGUAUGGGAAUAUCUUUACUUCAUCAGCCAAUCAUGAUCAGAAUUUUAUGCAGUUUAAAGAUAAGUAUUCAGAAGAAAUCCAGUUGCUGGAACAAGAAGUGAGUGCCAUGCUAGUGGCUGUAACAAAAGGUGAACUUGGAGAGAAACUGAAAUUGAUCAAUACAAUCGAAAGAUUGGGACUGUCCUACCACUUCAGUGAUCAGAUUGAACAACAGCUGGAUAUUUUGUUCAGAACUGAGGAGGAAAGCGAUGAUCUCUUUACGGAGGCACUUCGUUUCAGGAUUUUAAGACAACAUGGCUAUGGCAUCUCACCUGAUGUCUUUAAGAAAUUCAAAGAUGAUGAAACUGGUAAAUUCAGUGAAUCUCUUACGAAGGACCCCUUAGGUAUGCUCAGUUUGUAUGAAGCCACUUUCUUAAGGGGUCAUGGAGAAGAAGUCCUCGACGAGGCCCUCGCUUUUACCACUUGUCACUUGCAAGCCAUGGUAUCUACCUCAAACUCUUUUGUACAGAAACAGAUAAGUCAUUCCUUUUCCCAGUCUCUCCACAGGGGAGUCCCAAGACUUGAAGCUCGGUUCUAUAUAUCAGUAUAUGAAGAAGAUCCAAUAAAAAAUGAUAAACUUUUAAGGUUCGCUAAGUUGGAUUUUCACCUAUUGAUGAUAAUUCAUCAACAAGAACUUUGCGAACUAACAAGGUUGUGGGAUGAUUUGGAACUGGCCUCAAAACUUCCUUAUGUGAGGGAUAGAAUGGUGGAGAAUUACUUCUGGGCUGUAUCCAUAUUUUUUGAACCUUGUUACUCUGUCGGCAGAAUCACAUUUACGAAAAUGGUUACCAUCCUGGUAAUUACAGAUGACACUUAUGAUGCAUAUGCCACGUUUGAUGAACUUGGAGUUUACACAGAUGCUGUGGAAAGGUUUGAUAGAAGCUGCAUGGAUCAGCUUCCUGAUUACAUGCAGAUCUGCUACAAGACGAUGCUUGAUACUUUUGAAGAAUUCGAGGAGGAUAUGUCGAAGAAAGGAAUGUUGUACACCGUUAACUACCUAAAAGAAUCUUUCAAGGUAACAGUAAGGUCCUAUUAUCUAGAGGCGAAGUGGUUAAACCAAAAGCAUGUGGCUCCGUUUGAAGAAUAUCUGGCAAAUGCAAAGUUGUCAACCGGUCUCUACAUGAUAAGCUUUGCAACUUUCAUGGGUCUAAAAAAAGAAGAUGCCACGGUUGAGGCAUGUAAUUGGGCAAAAAGUUAUCCCAAAAUUGUUCAAGCCUUAUGCUCUGUUGGCCGGCUUAAUAAUGACAUGAGGGAUUAUGAGGAUGAAAAGAAGAGAGAACACGUGGCCACAUCGAUCCUUUGCUACACUAAGGAGCACGGUGGUACAAAAGAUGAAGCUUGUGCUGAGUUAUAUAGAAGGAUUGAAAAUGCUUGGAAGGAUGCAAACGAGGCGUUACUAAAGCCAUCACCGGUGUCCGUGGAAGUCCUCAUGAGACCUUUGAACAUGAUGAGGAUGAUAGAUGUAACCUACAAGUAUGAUGAUGGAUACACAAAUCCUCAUGCUCUUAAAGAAGCGGUCGAAGCAAUGUUCAUUGAAGCCAUGCCUAUAUGAUGUUAUUAAUAUUAGCAACAAAGGUGCUGGCAACUCCUUCAAGCUGUUAAAUAAAGUGGAGCAAUAUGUGUCAUUCUGCCUGUUCGUGUGUGAAGCAAUAAUCUGUUUCGUGUUUUGGUGGUCGAAAUUUUCAAUAUAUUUUUAUAAAAUGUAACCACACUUAUCUACUUAUAAUUAGGGUGACUACAUUGUCAUCUACCUUUCUAAUUUGCGCUCAA